UUGAUUCAUUCAAAAUUCCAGAUACAAUGGCUGCUGGAUAAUUACGAGACAGCCGACGGUACUUCGCUACCACGAUGUGCUCUUUACGACCAUUACAAAAAACAUUGUCACGAACAUAAGCUGGACGCUGUGAACGCGGCAUCUUUCGGAAAGCUGAUACGGUCGGUGUUCAACGGAUUACGGACGCGUCGUCUGGGCACUCGUGGUAACUCCAAGUACCACUACUACGGUAUUCGGAUCAAGGCUGACUCGCCACUGAUGCAAAACCACAUUCCUGAGCGUUACUCACCGCAUGAGGCAUCAGCACCCAUGACCAGAUCCAAAUCGCUAGGCCAGACACGGCUCUCUCAGCAACAGCUCUUCUCGCUAUGUACCCUUCCGCAAAUCCAACACUGGGUUAUUUCGCUAGACCUAGCGUUCUACCAGACUUUGGUUGAUGUCCUCGUGCCGGAUGUACUCAUGAGCAAUAUGUCACCAUUCCUCACUCAGUCUUGCCGAAAUUUCGCAAAGAACGCUGAACAUUACCUUAAAAAAGCGAUGCAAGGAGCUCCAGAAAUUAUCCAGAAAAAGAAGAUUCAAGCUGUUAAAUAUAUGGCUCAAGGAUUGCGAAGGUACACAUCUCUAAACCACCUCGCACAAGCAGCACGAGCUGUGCUUCAGAAACCCGAUCAAGUGAUGGCUAUGUACAACGACUACAUUAGGGUCGACAUGCAGCAGGUGCAAGAGCAGGCCGGUUGGGUGAGCGGAUGCGACUCGUUAAUGGUGCACCACAUUCACAACGCUUUCAAAGAGAACUUACAAAAGAUGGCACCGAUGGAGGAAUGGGCCGAAUGGCUGGAGAGCAUCGUCGAUCAGAUUCUCGCUAAAUACCACGACAAGCCGGUACAGAUAAUAUCAGAGAUUGGCAAGCAAUUUUUACUAAAUUGGAGUUGUUAUACUUCGAUGCUGAUCCGAGAUUUAACACUGCGUUCGGCCGGCUCGUUCGGAUCGUUUCAUUUGAUCAGACUGCUUACCGAUGAGUAUAUGGUGUAUUUGGUUGAGUCACGUAUUGCCAAGGCUGUCAAUCGAGCUAUGAUCACCGUGAUCAGUCAGGUGAAUCUCUUAAUGACGCAGAACGAACUUCGGUUGAAAGGAUACCGAACUCUAACCUGCAUAUAUCUCAGAAAUUGGUAA